GCCAUUUCACCUUUGCCAGGCUUCGCCGUCGCGAUGUCUUCCCCGGCGGCUGCCGCCCUCAAGUUGCUGACCCGGAGUCUGCUGCGCCCUCGCCGCCCGCUUUGCGGGGUUAGCGGUACCGUGCAUGGUCUUCGUUUUCCUGCAUUACAGAUGCACACAACUAAACCUACCAUGCAGUUCAGCCAGGAAGACUUUGAAAAGGCCAAAGAUAAACUGAAGCUUUUGAAGGAGGACCCUGGUAAUGAAGUGAAGCUGAAGCUAUAUGCAUUGUUUAAACAGGCUACUCAGGGCCCCUGCAAUACUCCAAAACCUGGGAUGCUAGACUUUAUCAACAAGGCCAAAUGGGAUGCAUGGAAAUCACUUGAUACUUUGCCACAGGAUAGUGCCAGACAGAAAUACAUUGAGCUUGUGUCAAGUUUGGUCACUGCAGAAUCAUCUGAGGUUAUUGACACCCUUCCUGGCAGCAAGCCUGGCUAUGAAACAAUACAAGUUACUACUAAAGACAACAUCACAACAAUCAUGUUAAACCGCCCUAAAAUGAAAAAUGCUAUUACUGUGAAGAUGUAUAAUGAAAUUAUUGCAGCACUUGAGGAUGCAGCAAAGGAUGACUCUGUUAUCACAGUUCUGACAGGUAAUGGAGAUUACUACUGUAGCGGAAAUGACCUGAACAACUUUGCCAAUCUCCCAGAAGGUGGAUUAGAGGAGGUAGCAAAGAAUGGCGCAGUACUGCUCAAAGACUUUGUCAAACAUUUUAUUGAUUUUCCUAAGCCAUUAAUUGCUGUGGUGAAUGGACCGGCUGUUGGGAUCUCUGUAACUGUCCUUGGGCUGUUUGACAUUGUGUAUGCUACUGACAGAGCUACAUUUCACACACCUUUUAGCAACCUGGGUCAGAGUCCAGAAGGAUGUUCAUCGUACACAUUUCCAAAAAUGAUGGGCUUAGCCAAGGCCAAUGAGAUGCUGCUUUUCAACAAGAAGCUGACUGCUGCAGAAGCCUGUUCGCAGGGGCUUGUGACGGAGGUUUUCCCUGAUAAUACUUUCCAGAAGGAAGUGUGGACAAGGCUGAAAGCCUAUGCAAGCCUUCCCAGAAAUUCCUUGGCAAUCUCCAAGCAGCUGAUGCGGGGCAUGGAAAAGGAAAAGCUGCAUGAAGUUAAUUCUCAAGAGUGUGAGUGUCUCCAAGAAAGGUGGCUGUCUGAUGAGUGCAUGAAUGCCAUAAUGAGCUUCUUUCAGAAGAAGUCAAAGCUCUAGUCUCUUGCAAACCAUGCAAAAUAAAUUGAUGAAAACCUAAUUUCCAUCCCCUUACAGCGGUUAUUAAAUUAAUACUUUGGAUACAUAUCCAGAUUGUGCCUUAACACUGACAAGGGUAAUCCAUUUAAUAUAUUGAUGACAUGGUUGCUGAAAACACUAGGCUGCUAAUGUUGCAGAGGUUUCGUUUGUUUGGAAUUUUUGUCUUUUGUAUUUGGACAUGAAUUUGUGAUGCCAAAAACAUUGCAUACCUCUCUCUGGACAGUUAGGUGGAAAAGCGUUCACAGCUUUGCAUGCGGAGGUGAUCUCUUUGAAUAUGACAAUGACUGUUUGUCUUCCAAAGGGGGUCACUGAUUCAAUGUCACCAAAUUUUGCAAGCUCUUCAAUAACUGAUUGUUGGUCAUAUUGAGUUGACAUACUGUUUGGUGUCCAUCUAUUGUGGAAGGGGGAAAAGAAGAAGAAGGCAACCUUAUUUGUAUUAGAAAAUGUGAAUUAAAAUACUGAUUUACAAAUACUUGUGGUAAGGGCAAAUCCUUUACGAAUGUAUAACAGUUUCAUGUAUUUUGCUAUGUUAUCUGAUACUUCAUCAGUACAAACUGGCAUCCUUGGCUUUUAGAUUUGAUUUUUGAACCAAUGUUUUCCUUUAAGCUGGGAAGUGAUAAAAAUCUGAAACCAUGAA